AUGGCUAUAAGUUUAGACAUAAGACUAAAACGAGCUGACAAAAUAUACUGUGAAGAGGAUAAUGUAACAGGAGUGAUAGUUAUCUCAUCCAACUCCGAUUUCAAACAUGAAGGCAUUACUUUAAUUAUGGAAGGAUCAGUAAACAUACAAGUCAGCACAAAAAAUGUUGGAAUUAUAGAAGCAUUUUACAAUUCAGUCAAGCCCAUUCAAUUGAUAAACUUGACAUGUGAAGUAAGUGGUGCAGGAAGAUUACCCUCAGGUACAACAGAGAUACCAUUUGAAAUCCCACUAAAGUCCAAAGCUAACAGAGUUUUAUAUGAAACAUACCAUGGGGUUUAUGUCAACAUAGGAUAUGGCUUGAGAUGUGAUAUCAAGAGGUCCUUCUUGUCAAAGGAUUUACAAAAAAGCCAACAAUUCUUGAUACAAUACAGGCCAGGCUAUAAUGCCUGUCCACAGUUGCCUCUAAGAGACAAGAGAACACCUGUUAAUUUUGAACUAAGCCCUUCCACUCUUUCAUCAGGAAGGACAGGUGCCCCAGAUUUUCUUCUAAAGGGAGUAAUAGACACUGUCUGUUGCAACAUAAGUAAACCAUUCAAAGGUAAAUUAGUGUUGGUUAAGUGUGCUGUUCCUGUUAGGUCUAUAGAGCUACAACUUGUCAGAGUUGAGACAUGUGGAUGUGCUGAAGGAUAUGCUAGAGAAGCUACUGAAAUCCAAAAUAUUCAAAUUGGUGAUGGAGAUGCACCCCAGAAUAUUCCUAUACCAAUUUACAUGGUUUUUCCAAGACUUUUCACUUGUCCAACAUUAAUAACAACAAAUUUUAAACUAGAGUUUGAGGUGAAUAUUGUUGUAAUAUUCCAGGAUGACCACUUGAUAACCAAUAACUUCCCAAUAGUACUAGUGAGAGAAUGA